GUCUUUAAAGAAAUCGAAAGUGAAAAGAGAGAGAAAGAAAGCAGUGUGUGUGUGAGAGAGAGAGAAGAGAGAUUAUGAUGGAGAAUCCCAAUGACGCAAAUUGUGGGUGAGAGAGAAAGAUGGAAACUUUUAUCAUAAUAAUUUGCCAGAAAGGAAUGCUAUGUUAUGUUGGUGGGUGCAGUGUUAAAUCCCAAACACACCAUCCACACUCUUCUUCUUACUAGUCAGAACAAACCCUUCUUCUUCAUCUUCUCUUGGAUUGUUCAAUGUGAUCUCCUCCUCAAUUUCUUAUCUGGGUCUGUAAUUUCUGCUUCAUGGAUCACUCUCAUUCCUGAUAUGGACAUGAAUCAUGAUAUAUCAUGUAUAGGGUAUUCUCAAACUCCCAGUUUUGAUUUGAGAAACAAUCCAUGGUUAUGUUACUAAAAUGAUCAUGUUUGAGGAUUCCAUGAUGAUGAUGAUGACAACUAUGGAUAAUUCUUUGAAGGAGACUAUGAUUAGCCAAGAGGGUGUUUUCAGGAAACAGGUAAUUGAGCUCCACCGGUUGUAUGGCAUACAAAGAAACCUAAUGGAAAGCUUUGGCUGGAAGAAGAUGGAUGAGUAUGAUUUAUGGAAUGAGAGAGCUCAUUCAAUGUUUCCAAACAUGAUCCAGAAAAGUCCUCUUGAUCUUCAUCAGCUUUCAAAUUAUCAUCAUAAUUAUGUUGUUGAAUGUCCCAAAGAAUCUUUAAAUCUGUCUCUGUGUUUGAGAGGAUCAGGAUCAGGGGAAGCUGGAAGCAGCAAACCAUGGUUGUAUAAGAAUAAUCCAGUUAUCAUCGAUUUGGAGGAACCAGUUCUCGACCAGGAGCAGAAGAAUCAGAACAAUGAUGAUGAUGAUGAUGAUAGCUGUGUUAUUAUUAUACAAGCUUCAAGUACUUCCUCCAUUAAAGGAAUAUUGGAUCUGAACAAACAGCCUGAAGAUGAUGAGGAUGAUGAUAAUUCUUCGGAUAGAUUCUUUAAAACCAGCAUAAUGGAUUCAAACAGCAGCAGCAACAUCAGUAGUAGUUGUACUAAUCGUCCUGAAAGAUGUAUCGAAGAUGUGAAUGAUCCUCAUUUGAAUAACAACAACAAUAACAUUAAUAUCCCCACAGAAAUAGGACCAGAUCGAGUAGUGGAUCUUGGGAUUCUCGAAGCAGUCGAGUCCCUCAUGGGCAUUUCCUUGCAGGGAACUCGACAGUUGGAGCAGAAGCCAGAACGAUCAGUUGAUUCAUAUGAAUUGAUAGUAAUGAAUCUCGAGGAAGAGGAAAUUAGUAGCGAAUAUUGCGUCUGUGUUUCAUCAAAAGGUUGUGAAAUUAUUAGCGACAAAAAGGAGGAAUGUGGGAUUAAGUUGAUGAAGAGGGGAAGAAGAGUGAAGGAUUUUCAGAAAGAUGUAUUGCCAAGUAUGGCAUGUCUUUCUAGACAUGAGAUUAGAGAAGAUGUAAACAUUAUGGAAACGGUUAUUAAGUCGAGAGAAUAUAAGAGAAUAAUGAAAGCUAAAACGACGAAGAUUGGAGGCGAUAAGUGGUUUAUGCCGGUUAAGAGAAGUAAGAGGUCUAAACGCAGGUGUUAAAAGUCGGUUCGAUUUGGUUGAGUUUAUGGGUCAUUCUUAAUCUCUUAUGUUUCUUUAAGCAUUUGAUUGUUCAUUAAUUUGUCCCUUAAAAGACACCAUAUAGAUAGAUUAAGAUAGUGUGUGUUGUCUAAGAUAA